CUAGGAAGCUCCCGUGGUGCUGAAUACUGCAUCCGUCUGACGUCUCAACCGGGAGCCUCUCCAUAAACACAGCGGCUGCAGUGAGAGAAGACAGAAGUUGUGUAUGAGGAGAAAGGUGUCCUGCGAGGGUUUCGGCGGCGGAGGACGAGCAGGGGCAGCAUGCGGUCACUGCGUCCCAACCACGUGCCAUCCAGCCGGGCAAGACAGUGAGGCAGAGGACCCUGCCUCUCCUUCUCCUCCUCCUCCUCCUCCUCCUCCUCCUGCUCCCUCUUCCUGGGCCUGGACCUCCUCCACCAACACCACUAGCACCACUAACACCACCAUCACCUGCUCCAACACUUUCUCCACAACUCCAACCACCCGCACCACCACCAGCAACCAAUCACAGCCGACGACCCACUGGACCAGCCUAUCACAGUCCACCACCCCUCGCCACGUCAACCAGUUAGAGUGCAGCGACCUCCUCCAGCAGCUUCUCCCUUGCUCCAACACCUUGCUCCAGCGCAAGGCCGUGGACGUCCGUGCCACCGCACCACCAGCACAGCAGCGCUACCCUUCAUCCGGCCGCUCAGCAGGCGAUACCCUCAGCAGCAUGGCGUUCACCCUGUCGGAGAUCAUGGCGGCCCGCCGGCAGCAGCAGCAGAGGGGAGUCGUUGGAGGAGGCGCGGGCGGGGGAGUGAGGGGAGGAGGAGGAGUGGUAGAGGUGGAUGAGUACAGUUCCAACCCCACCCAGGCCUUCACCUUCUACAAUAUCAACCAGGGCCGAUUCCAGCCCCCGCACGUCCACAUGGUGGACCCUCUGCCCCACGACACCCCCAAGCCGCCGGGCUACACGCGCUUCGUGUGCAUCUCGGACACGCACUCGCGCACCGACGCCAUCCACAUGCCCUACGGCGAUGUCUUCAUCCACGCUGGGGACUUCACCGAGCUCGGACUGCCCAGCGAGGUCAAGAAGUUCAACGACUGGCUCGGCACCCUUCCCUACGACAUCAAGAUCGUGAUCGCGGGCAACCACGAGUUGACCUUUGACCAGGAGUUCAUGGCGGACCUGAUCAAGCAGGACUUCUACUACUUCCCCUCGGCCUCCAAGCUCAAGCCCGAGAACUACGAGAACGUCCAGUCACUGCUCACCAACUGCAUCUACCUGCAGGACUCGCACGUCACCGUGCGCGGGUUCCACAUCUACGGAUCACCCUGGCAGCCAUGGUAUUACGGCUGGGGCUUCAACCUCCCGAGGGGCCAGGCUCUGCUGGACAAGUGGAACCAGAUCCCAGACAACACAGACAUCCUGGUCACACACUGUCCACCCCUGGGCUUCCUGGACUGGGUGCCAAGGAAGAUGCAGAGGGUGGGCUGUGUGGAGCUGCUGAACACGGUGCAGAAACGAGUGCAGCCCAAAAUGCACGUCUUCGGACACAUCCAUGAGGGUUACGGAAUGAUGACGGACGGUACCACCAGCUAUAUCAACGCCUCAGCCUGCACCGUCAACUUCCAGCCCAUGAACCCACCAAUCGUUUUCGACCUGCCUAACCCCCGCAGCUCCUGAUUGGACACUGAACACGCCCGUCCCAUCCAUCCAGUCCACCUCCCACCAAUCAGGGCCCUAAUGAGUGGAACAGGUGGUGGAUGUAUUGUACAUACAGUAAAUACCCAGGGUUGGAUGGACGCUGUUGGUCGUUUGACAGGCACUUCAAUCAGCCAAUGCAUUCACGUGUCGCCCCCACCUUAUCCCGCCCCCCCUGUCCUUCUCAUUGGUGUUUGUGUUUGUUUGUUCUUUGACAUUGGCACUCUUUGCCUCUGGACUGCAGUGGACUGACACAUAGUGCUAUGGCUACCUGCCUGUCUGUUGGCCUCUUCACCUUCAAGAAUGGACGUCCAGAAGCACCACUGGCUCUCUGUACUACUGGACCCUCUCGACACCUGACCUGACUUCUGGACCUUUCAUUGCACUGCUUUCGGCCCGACAAUCUGU